CCCGGGGCUGCGACGCGGGACUCACCAUGGCUCGGCGCCGGGCGGCGUCCGACACUGGACGGGCGGGGCCGGGCCAGCCGCCGCCUCCCUCCCGGCGCUGGAUCUCGCCGGGUCUGGCUGGAGGACAGCUUGGGCCGAGCCGGCGGCUCAGCCCGCUCGGGCUCCCAGGCCGCGGGGCCCCGCCAGGGAGGGCCGAGACGGCCGCCCGGCCCCGCCCUGCAGCGCCCGCCCCUACCUGGGCACGGGACCCGGAGCCGAGACGCCCUCUCCGGCGCAGGGCUCCCGACCUCUCCCCUCGACGUCCGCAGCCACUCCGCCCCGCUAGCCCGAACCCUCUUCCCGCCCCGCCCCGCCCUCCAGCGGCUUGCGGCGACCCUGACCCUCGGAGGCCCGCCCAUCCCGAAACGCCCCUCUGUUCCCGCCAUCGCCGGGCUCUGUCUGGAUCCCCCUACCGCAGCGGCGAGCGCGAGUUCCCGGGGGUCCCCUGCCUAGGACUGAGGCUGUCCGGCAGCCGGAAGCCCUCCUCCAUCUCCAGGCGUGCGGCUCUUCCCUCCGUCGCCAGGCUUCGGAAGGUCCUGGAGCUCAGAAGGACCGGCACGCUCUGGUUGCCUGUAGAUGGAGCGGAGGGCCGAGAAACCAGCGGGUUCCCCCAAGCCCUGGCGUCUGCCGGUCCUUCUCCUCUCCCUUCCAUUUCCAUGGGCUGUGAUCCUCCAUCCUCCAGGAUGAGUCCCCAUCCAGAAAACCCCAGUGAGACUCUUCAGGUGCUUAGAAGAGUCUAGAGUGAGCACGGGGCAGCACAAGGAGAACCUGCGCAAUUUCAGCUACCUGCUGUCCUCUCACUGAAUUUCCUGUUGGGGCGGAGACAUCACACAACCCACUAACUUCACUUGCUCUGCUUUAGCAGCAAAUAUAGAGUUAAGGUCUUGGUUUGAGACAGAACCUAAGAAAGCUUAUUCGGGGAAGAGCUACGGCUAUGCUGAUCAUCAGGCUCCUGGGGG